AUGUCUCCUUACGGAGAUCGAUGUUAUAAUCCAUUUAAUUUACCUGUUCAUAGAAAAAUUAAAGACUUAAGAAAGUUGUCACAAGUGUUAGCAAAAAAGUGGUCAAUUACAAAUAAAAACUUAUAUGUUUGUAAACAAUGUAGAGAACGUCUUACUCGUGAAGUACCGUUAAUUAUUAGUGACAAUGUGCUCUUAAGUAGCCAAUCAAGUCAAUCGUCAGUCCAAAAUUCACAAGAAUCGCAAGGUUUAUAUUAUGUUCCAGAAGAAAAUACGCUUACGAAAUCAACACAAACAGACGAUGUAAAGUCCAACGACAAUGAAAUACUUUUACAAUUGAAAGAGAAGUUUAAUGACCCUUCCACGUCUGUUUCUAUGAAAACAAUGAUUCUUACUUUAGCGCCUAAAUCAUGGAGCGAAAAAAAGCUUGCUGAUGAAUUUCGUACGUCUAGACGGCAAGCAAAAAAAGCCAAGGAACUGGUUGAGCAAAACGGUAUUUUAUCAUCACCUAAUCCACGGGAAGGCCGUAAAUUAACAUCAGAAGUUAGAGAUCUAGUAACAACAUUUUACCUUAGAGAAGAUAACACUAGAAUAUUGCCUGGAAAAAAAGACUUUGUGUCUGUUAAGUUACAUGAUGGCAAUAGAGUUCAUUUGCAAAAACAACUCAUAAUGUGUAACAUCAAUGAAUUAUAUCAACAGUUUAAAUUGGAAUACCCUGCCACAAAAGUAGGCCUUUCAAAAUUCUUUUCGUUGCGUCCUAAGCAGUGCAUUCUCGCUGGUGAUUCGGGUACUCAUGUAGUCUGCGUGUGUAUUUACCAUCAAAAUGUAAAAUUGAUGCUAAGCGGGGGAAAUAUUUCAUCGCUUACUUCAGAGUCUGCUAUUCCCCUAACAUCGUACAAGGAUUGCCUGCAAAAGAUGAUGUGCCCAGAUCCAACACCAACUUGCCAUUUGAUGACAGGAAAAUCGUCACUGAACGAACAAUGCCAUAAUUGCCCAGGCCUUGACGAAAUCCGAGAACAUUUAACAAGAAUAUUUGAUGAAAAUCAAGUGACUAAUGUGCAGUUUGAUACAUGGGUGGGUACAGACAGUUUUACUAUCACCACUAGAGUCCUUCCAUCUGAUGAAUACGUUGACAGUCUUUGCUCAGCAUUAGACAUUUUGAAACCCCAUGCCUACAUAGCAGACCAGCAAACUCGGUAUUUUCAAUUAUUAAAAGAGUCGAUUUUGGAAGGUGAAAAUAUCAUUCAGUGCGAUUUUGCUGAAAACUACAGCUUCGUGGUUCAAGACGCUGCCCAGUCAUUCCACUGGAAUAACGACCAGGCUACUCUGCUGACAUCAGUAUUUUAUUACAAAAAAGAUCAAAAUUUGAAACAUGGAAGCAUUGUAAUGAUAUCUGAUGAUCUAAAACAUGACACUGCAACAUAUUAUACGUUUCAAAAGUUGUUGCAUCAACAUCUUCAUGAAAAGAGCAUAUCAACUAAGAAAUAUAUUUAUAUUACUGAUGGUGCAUCCCAGCACUUCAAAAACAGAUUUAAUUUUAUAAACUUAUUUUAUUUUAAACAGGAUUUUGGUACUGACGCAGAAUUUCAUUUUCAUGCCACUUCUCAUGGCAAAGGGCCAUGUGAUGGACUUGGGGGUAACUUAAAACGUCUGGCGACUCGAGCUAGUCUACAGUCAGCGUCAAACAAUGCAAUUACCACAUCCGAGCGUUUGUACGAAUGGGCGAGAAAAUCAUUGCCUCAAACGCAUGUUUUUUAUGCUCGAAAAGAGGAUAUUCAACAAAAUAGAAUAUUUUUAAAAAGCAGAUUUGAGUCGGCAGCUACAAUACCAGGCACAAAAAAAUAUCAUGCCUUCAUUCCUAUUACUGAAGGUAUUAUGGUAAAACACACGAGUAAUAGCGAAGCAUUUAAAAUUGUGAAAAUUUGUAAAUAAACAUGUUAUUAAUAAAAAAAAUCUUUUUAAUUUAAAUAUCUUAAUAUAUCUUAAAGAAAAUCUGUAAUCUCCAAGCUCACGCAGGUGGCAAGCGUCAAGCGCGGCGCAGGGCAGGCGUCAGGGACGCCACGCUUCGACAGUGUUUCUAGUCUAGCUCCUAAACCACUUUCACGCCCAUUAUAAAACAUAGCACGAAUGUUCCUUAUAAAAUUAUCUAUUUUUAGAAAAAUAAUAAAAAAUAUCGAAACGGUCUAACUUUGUGAAAGUCAAGGUUAAAAAAUUAAAUCGCAUUUUUUUUUAAUUAAAAAAAAAUUUUUUUCCUUUCCAAAAAUUCAUUUAAAAGCCUUAUUAAAUGAAGUAAUAAAUACAUUAGUUUAAUUAUUUAUAUCUAUAAUUUUAUUACUUGGUAAUCUGCUUUGAAGUACUGCAUGCUCAGUCGUUGGUCAAAAUUUCAAAGUCCCUUAACUCUCUAACUAGGUACUAUAUUACAAAAAUAUUUGGUACACGUAUCAAGGACAUGUGUAGGUAAAACAUACUCAAAUAUUACUAAAAUCGGAAACAUCACCUUUUUUUAGCUGUCCGCUUUGCGUGGAAUGCCCCAUAUGUAUUAUAAGACAAAUUAGAUGUAAAAAUUAUACCAAAAACUUAUGUAACAGAUCUAAGGCACUAUUUAUAUUAAUGUUAACUGAUUUUACAUCUGAACCUGACAUAUAUACUACUAAGUCAUCUGGAAAUUGCAAAUUAAUCACUUGUGGUCCUAAUAUUAAAUUCAAUUUUCUAAUAUACAAAAUAAAAAAAGGACUUAAAAUUCAUUUUUUUUCAGAAUUUUGUAAGGAUUACCAUCAAGUCCGAAAGCAGUGUCACGCCUGGACAAUAUAGCAGUUGCAAAUUCUUGUAAUGAAAAAGGUACAGUCAAGUAAUUCAAAUUAUUGAGAGCACUAGAUGUGUGGUUAAAUUUUAAAAGAGCUUCUACAGUAUCAGGUGUGUAUUAUAUAUAUACUAUAAUAGUUUUAUGUAAAAAUGAUAUUUUUAAUUUAAUAAUUUUGACAUACAUAUAUCCAAUGUAACUUUGUAAUUUUAUCAAUAUUUGCAUGCUAUAGCUGAGUAGCUCGGUGGCGUAGUGGAUAAGCGCCGCGGCCCACGAUCGUAGUCGUUAAGCAACUUUCGCAAGGGUCGGGAUGGGUGACCAAAAAAUUAUUAUCUCGAGCUACUCCGUGCUUCGGAAGGCACGUUAAACCGUUGGUCCCGGCUGCAUUUGCAGUCGUUAAUACUCUCCAAUCCGCAUUGGGCCAGCGUGUGGAGGGUCAUGGCCCAUCCUCCUUAACCAUCCAUAAGGAAGGCCUGAGCCCCUGCAGUGGGGAAGUAAAAGGGCUGGUGAUAGCUGAUGGCUAAAUGGGCUGAACUCAAAUUGUAUUUCAAUCUACAAUGUACCUCAUUUAAAAGAAAAUAAAUUUUUAUUAUUAUAAUUAUUAUUAUGACCGGCAUUUGUGAUUGUUGCUUUGGCAUUUGAACUUCCGCAUUAUACAUCAAACGCGCUAAUCACUGAUAUAUUUUUUAAUAUCAGCACAGAUAUUAUAGUAAUAUAGUAGGUAUCAGUAG